AAUGCCCUUCCCCCCUCAUUUGAAUCGCCCUCCCAUGGGAAUACCAGCACUCCCACCAGGGAUUCCACCACCACAGUUUCCUGGCUUUCCUCUACCUGUACCUCCAGGAACCCCAAUGAUUCCUGUACCAAUAAGCAUUAUAGCUCCUGCUCCAACUGUCCUAGUACCCACUGUGUCCAUGGUUGGAAAGCAUUUGGGAGCAAGAAAGGAUCAUCCAGGCUUAAAGGCAAAGGAAAAUGAUGAAAAUUAUGGUCCUACUACUACUGUUUUUCUUGGCAACAUUUCUGAGAAAGCCUCAGACAUGCUCAUAAGACAACUCCUUGCUAAAUGUGGCUUGGUUUUAAGCUGGAAGAGAGUACAAGGUGCAUCUGGAAAACUUCAAGCCUUUGGAUUCUGUGAGUAUAAGGAGCCUGAAUCUACCCUCCGUGCACUCAGGUUAUUGCAUGACCUGCAGAUUGGAGAGAAGAAACUGCUUGUUAAAGUUGAUGCAAAGACAAAGGUACAACUGGAUGAAUGGAAAGCAAAGAAGAAAGCUUCUAAUGGGACUGUUAGGCCAGAAACUGUCACUAAUGAUGACGAAGAAGCCUUAGAUGAAGAAACGAAGAGAAGGGAUCAGAUGACCAAAGGGGCCAUUGAAAUUUUAAUAUGUGAAUACUCCAGUGAGCUCAAUGCCCCUUCACAAGAAUCUGACUCUCACCCCAGGAAGAAGAAGGAGGACAUUUUCCGCAGAUUUCCAGUGGCACCUCUGAACCUGUAUCCACUCAUCACUAAGGAAGAUAUAAAUGCUAUAGAAAUGGAAGAGGACAAAAGAGACCUGAUAUCCCGAGAGAUAAGCAAAUUCAGAGAUACACACAAGAAACUGGAAGAAGUGAAAGGCAAAAAAGAAAAAGAAAGACAGGAAAUCGAGAAAGAACGGAAAGAAAGAGAGAGGGAGUGUGAAGGGGAACGAGAAAGGCGAGAAUGUGAAAGGGAAAAAAAACGUGAACGAGAAAAAGAGAAGGAACGGGAGCAGGAACGAGAACGGGAUAGGAAUCGUGACUGGGCAAAGGAGAGAGAUCGGGAUCGUGAUCGAGAGAGAGAUCGUGACCGCGAUCGGGAAAGGAGUUCAGAUCGGAAUCGAUCAAGAGAAAAGAGCAGAGAUCGUGAAAGGGAGCGGGAAAGAGAGAGAGAGAGAGAACGAGAAAGGGAACGUGAGCGAGAAAGAGAGCGAGAAAGAGGAAAAUACAGGAAGAGGGAUAGAGAAGAGUAUGAACCAAGAAAACUCUGGGAGAAAGAAGUUGCUUAUCAAAAGCGCGUUAAGAACUGGGAAAUCAGAGAACGGAAGAAGAGCCGGGAGUAUGAGAAAGAGGCUGAAAGAGAAGAGGAGAGGAGAAGAGAAAUGGCAAAAGAAGCUAAACUACUGAAAGAAUUCUUAGAAGAUUAUGAUGAUGAGAGAGAUGAUCCCAAAUAUUACAGAGGAAGUGCUCUUCAGAAAAGAUUGCGUGACAGGGAAAAGGAAAUGGAAGCAGAUGAACGGGAUAGGAAAAGAGAGAAGGAAGAGCUAGAGGAAACCAGGCAGCGACUUCUGGCAGAAGAGCAUCCGGAUCCAGAUGCAGAGCUUCAGAGGAUGGAACAAGAGGCUGAGAGGCGCAGACAACCACACAUAAAGCAAGAACCAGAAUCAGAAGAAGAGGAAGAAGAAACGCAAGAAAAAGAAGAAAAACGAGAGGAACCUGUGGAAGAGGAAGAAGAGCCAGAGCAGAAGCCCUGUCUUAAACCAACUCUGAGGCCCAUCAGUUCUGCCCCAUUUGUUUCCUCUGCCAGUGGCAAUGCAACGCCCAACACCCCUGGGAAUGAGUCUCCCUGUGGUAUUAUUAUUCCUCAAGAAAAUUUGCCAGAUCAACAACAACCUGAGGAGCAUAGGCCAAAAAUAGGACUGAGACUUAACCUGGGUGCUUCCAAUAGUCCUCGUCAACCUAACUCUGUGAAGAGAAAGAAACUCCCUGUAGAUAAUGUCUUUAACAAAUCUGAGGAUGAAGACAGUGAUGAUGUACCCAGACAAAGGAAACUGGUUCCCUUGGAUUAUGGUGAAGAUGAUAAAAAUGCUGCCAAAGGCACCGUAAACACUGAAGAAAAGUGCAAACACAUUAAUAGUCUCAUUGAGAAAAUUCCUACAGCCAAACCUGAGCUUUUUGCCUAUCCCCUGGAUUGGUCUAUUGUGGAUUCUAUAUUGAUGGAAAGACGAAUUAGACCUUGGAUUAAUAAGAAAAUUAUAGAAUACGUAGGUGAAGAAGAAGCUACAUUAGUUGAUUUUGUUUGUUCUAAGGUGAUGGCUCAUAGUUCACCUCAGAGCAUUUUAGAUGAUGUUGCCAUGGUACUUGAUGAAGAAGCAGAAGUUUUUAUAGUCCAAAUGUGGAGAUUAUUGAUAUAUGAAGCAGAAGCCAAGAAAAUUGGUCUUGUGAAGUAAAACUCUCUGUACAUUGAAAGUUCCAUUUCAGAUAUC